GUGCCGCGAUCCGGUGCACCUGCUGUACAACGACUCAAGACUCUCGGGCCUUUGUUGCAUUCAUGUCGAGCUCGUCGCGAGACGAUAGGCGUCUGCAUAGACGACUCUCCACUCUAGCAGGAACCUCGUCUCCUCAUCAACACAGCCUGCGCGAGCGGAUCCAGUAAUGCCAAGCGCUGCCGACUCCCCGCACUGUGAGACGCAAGCUCCAGAAAGCCGAAGGAAGCAGCUGCCUGUCAGGUGCGGAAACUCUGCAGGCAAACGACACGCUCUGGGAUCUACUUGUUGGCCUGCUUGCAUGACCGACGUGCAUGCGAUGCUGAUCUCACUCCCAGGGUAUUCAGCUUGCUCGGAACCUUUCUCGGCUCAGCCCCGAGCCCUCGGGCAGUCGCCUGCCAAGCUGCAAGCAAUCCGAGAUUCGCAUGUGCAAAUCUUGUCAGUAGUAGUAGUAAAAUCAUCUUGGCGGAGAGGUACAAUGUCGGUACCGACUUGGGUCGAUGGCGGGGUUCAUGAAUUGCAUUCGGUCCACAGCGGGAAACAAAUGAAGAAGCAUCGAACACGCGGAGGCCCGUUCUCACUUUCGCACGAUGGGGGACGAUGUCGCUGCAUGAGGUGCGCGCCAGGAGCUGCCUCGCCGGAGAAGAGAUACUUUGCGAUGCUUCGCUGCUCGCACUACGCCGGGCCCAGCAGUGCCCGGCACAAUCUACUUGGCCGCCUAUUCCGUGUGCUAUACCGAUGUAAUGCCUGCGUGGAUCCUUCGAGAGCGGCGACACGCGAUGCUUCGCGAGAAGAUGACUCAUCCGUCCACUCAACCAUGGCGAGUCUCUUCCUUUGCGAGAAAGACCCUCAGAUCAUUCCGCCCCUAUGCGCCUCCCGCCAAUUGGAGACUGGCGCAGAUGCUGAGCCAAACGUCUCAGCUGGAGUCGCAGGACGACGCUCGUGUCAGGUUGCCAGCCCGCGAGGCAUGUGUUGUUUCGAUUGUGCAAUCAAAGCUCAGAUACCCGAGGCUAUAUUAUCCAGCACCCAUGCAACCUCGAGAUUCUUGAGCGAUCAUCACCGCAAUGGCACGCGGUUUUGCCGCAAAGUGUUCCUGCAAACCCCUCGGACACAGCACGCUCGUUAAGCCGAUGACAUUCGAACGGAAACGGAAGCUGACCGCAAAAACGGAGCCUGCCAGGUGCAGCGCGCUUGUCGCUACGUGCGUCGCUAGCCAACCUUAGCCGCUAUCCCUGAUCCUUUUGCUCUGCACAUCUCAUUUCCGAAACAA